GUACAACAACAACACCAAGAAGCAGUGAAAGAGGUGAAUCAAGCCAUGGCAGUGCGCAUGAAAGCCAGCAAAGAUUUAAAACGACUGACAGAAGAACGUAAUGCUGCAAUGCAGGAGUACAGCUUGAUAAUGAGUGAACGAGAUACUGUACAUAAAGAGAUGGAGAAGCUUAGUGAUGACUUGGCUCAGGCUUUUAAGAAGAACAAGACAUUGGAAGGGGAGAGCAAGGAAUUGGUGGAGGAGAAAAAAGCCUUGAGCUACCAAGUGGAAACGCUUAAGAGGGAGAUUGCAUCUGCAUUGCAUGACAGGGACAAGGCUCUAAAGGAAUGCAAUGACCUGAGGGAGAAGUUUGGAGGUUUUGCUGCUGCUGCCGCCCAAGAGGAGGGCUUGCUUCUGGCCAGGGAAGGUGGAGUGGGGGGGCGUACAGCUCGCCUGGCCCGUGGAGACCAUGACUUUGGGCGAUCGGGAGUUGGGGGACGCGGCGAAGAAGACGGCGGGCUUGGCGGCGGUGGUGGUGGACGCACAGGCAAUUCUGGGGGCCAGUAUGGACAGCGGGAGCGAAUGGAUAACCUGGACCAAGCCAACCUUGAGUUGGACAGACUGCGUAAACAAGCUGACAAGUUGACUUCUGAACUGCAGGAGGCCCUUCAAGAAGCGGAGGUGUCGAAAAGACGCAGAGAUUGGGCAUUUGCAGAACGGGACAAAAUAGUAUUAGAACGUGAGAGCAUACGCACCUUAUGUGACCGACUGAGACGAGAACGAGACCGUGCAGUAUCAGAUCUUGCUGCUGCAUUACGAGACUCUGAUGAUAUUAAAAAACAACGAAAUGAAGCAUCCAAGGAAUUAAAAGAUCUGAAGGAGCGAAUGGAAGCAGAACAGGAGAAAGAGGCCCGUGUUCAACAUUUUCACUCCUUGGGCCACAACCACAGUCAUGAUUCUGCUAUUGAUGCUGACUUACAUGAAUGGGAAACUGAAAUUCUGGAUAUGGAUUUGAGUGGCUUAGCUUCAGAUGAUGAUCUUGGCUUUGAUCUAGUGGGAGGCAGGGAUGAUCCUCAGUACCCCAAUGACAGUGGCAUUUAUGUUUCUUCAGUCACCAAAGGUUCUGUAGCUGAUGGGAAGCUGAAGGUCAACGACUGCAUCAGCCGUGUCAACAACUUAGACUGCAGUAAUGUGAGCAAACGCAUGGUGGUUGAGACUGUGCGUGCCAGUAGUGGUGGGCGUGCCAGUGUGGUGGUGCGCCGCCGCCGCCUCGGUGCUCGAUGUCUGUGCACUACCCAGCUGCAGCUGUCGCAACAGUCAGCAGGCACUGCUGAGCAUGGUCUGGCUCUAGAAACUGGCUUCUACAUCUGCCGCAUUUCUCCUGGAUCCCUCGCUGCAAACGAGGGGAACUUAGCAGUUGGAGAUCGUGUACUCAGUGUAAGAGCGGGGAAGGAGUCUGGCGCGGAGAAGAACGGCGGCACAUGGCCCAAGGCGCGCCACGGGCCGUUGCUGGAGGCAGCGGCCGGCACGGGCACCAUUGUGCACCCGCGCCGCCACAAGGAGCGCGUGCCGUUGUCUGUGCUGGUGGGCGAGGCAGUGGGCGUGUCGGCGCCGGCGCCGCCCGCGCACCCGUCUCACCCUUCGCACCCGUCGCUCCCGUCGCACUCGUCACACUCGUCACACCCGUCGCACCCGUCGCACCCGUCGCUGGCCGCGCACGCCGCCCAGCCACAGCCCCAGCCGCCGCCCGGCCAGGCGCUGCCCUCCUGCUGCAGCCAACACGAGCGUCACGACGCCCGCCUGCGCGCCGCCGCCGCCCUCUCACCCUCCGACACUAGCAUCGACUUCAGCGUCAAGUCCGGCGGCGUCGGCAAGGAGCGCCAGCGAAACGAAUAUAAGAUGGCGUAUGGUUGGCAGGUGAUGGAGUACUACGUAAAGAAGAAGGGUAGUGGCAGUAGCAAGUACUCCGGGGGCGGCGGCGUGGACGGCGACGUCAGCCCUGUGGAGGCCUUGCACGCGCAGCUGUACGGCGGGAGCGGCGGAGGCGGCGGGGGCGCGAGUGGCGGCGGGGGCGGUGGAGGCGGCGGGGGCGGCUCGGCGUCUGUGGGCGGCGGGCGAUCGCUGCCCCACUACCCCUUCGUGGCGUCGAGCGGGCGGUUCGGCGUGGGCGUGGGCGGGGCGGCGAGCGAGGCCGCGGCGCUGGGGCUGACGGCGGCGCACGUGGGCGCGUGCUGCUUCGAGCCGCAGUUCCUGCACGGCCACUCGCCCAGCGCCGACCUGCACUUCCACGGCCACAAGGCGGCCACGGUGGGGGUGGGCGCGCGCGGCUUGAUGCUGGGCGCGCACGCGCACUCGCACCCGGCCACGGCGGCCGCCGCCGCCCACGCCGCCUACCACCACGAGCUGGCGGCUCUCGCGGGCUACCACCACUACGACGAGAUCGUGCCCGGCGGCGUCGGGGUCGGCGUCGGCACCUUCCCCAGGAAGAAGGAGAGCCAGCGCAUCAGAAUUCCAUCCAAUCCCAGUGUAACCAGCAAAGUAUCCAAUGGCAGCAUAGAGCGUGCAGUGUCGGAUCGGGGUUCUCCCAUGCCCACAUUUCAUGUGGAGGUUCUGAAUCCUGGGGGUGGCAAGAGGGGCUCCCUUCCAGAGUACUGUUUUCCUCGCUCCAAAUACAUCUGGCAGUUGGCAGGCUCCCCAACCAUCAUUCCCCCGGCACGUUCACCUGUGCCCAUUGGAUCUCUCCCUACUCGGCAGCCUGCUCCUGGCGAGUUAAGGCGGAUUAAUAUCAACAAGAGUGCAGAGCCUCUGGGAAUUCAGAUUUCUCAUUUGGAAAGUGGGGGAGUGUUUGUGUCAUCAGUUUCUGAAGGUAGCUUGGCUGCACAAGCAGGUCUAUGUGUUGGUGAUCAGCUUUUAGAAGUAUGUGGCAUAAACAUGCGAUCUGCUACGUACAAGCUAGCUGCCAAUGUGUUGAGACAAUGUGGGGAUUCUAUCACUAUGUUGGUGCAGUACAGCCCAGACAAAUACCAUGAGUUGGAGGGCUCGCUGAGCUCAGGUAGUGAGGGAGGGGCAGGCAGCCGGUCACGCUCUGGUUCCCCAACACCCUGCAAUUCUCCAGAGCUUCCUCGUAAACCGGCCCCUCAGUCGGUAGUGUCAGGGGAGCCACCCAGCACCCUCGCACGAUCACCCAUGAGCCAAGCCGUAGCUUCACUGGCAUCCAGGGCUCCAUCCUCUUCAUCUGGAAGCAAAACACCUGGAAAACGUCGUAUUAAAUUCAAGAAUUCAGAAGCCGGCAGCGGCAGGGAGCCUAGGUACCUGUUUAUGGAGACUCGCAAAUGCUCUAACUUGGGCAUCAGCCUGGUAGGAGGGAAUGCUGUGGGCAUCUUUGUGCACAGUGUGCAGCCUGACUCUGUUGCCCAUGCCUCUGGUUUGAGGACUGGAGAUCAAAUUUUGGAAUAUAAUGGUACCGAACUUCAACAUGCUACUGCUGAAGAAGCAGCUUAUGAAUUGGCUAAACCUGCUGACAAAGUCACCCUGCUUGCUCAAUAUGACCUAGAGAGAUACAAUGAAAUAAAAGAUAAGCCUGGUGACAGCUUUUACAUUCGAGCUCUGUUCGACCGCUCUGGCAGCGAAAGUGGAGUUGGCAGCACCAACAGUUCCAGCAGUGGUAUUGGCGAGUCUAUGCAGUUGCGCUUCCGCAAAGAUGAUGUAUUAUACGUUGACAAUACCAUGUUUAAUGGUGUUCCCGGACAUUGGCGUGCGUGGCUCGUGGGAGAGGAUGGUCUUCGAGUACACUGUGGCAUCAUCCCUUCUAAGUACAAAGUGGAAGAAGAGCUUUUACUCCGCCGUUCUUUGGGAGACUUGGACACUGAUGGUAGUGGGCGUCGUGGUGCCACAUCAGCCCGACGGAGCUUCUUUCGCCGCAAGAAACCUGGGCGAGGGUCGUCUCGUGAUUCAAAAGAGUUGGCCAGUUUUUCAUCAGUGAGCCUCGGUUGGUACAGUGAGGGUGGAGGUCUCGCAGAUGCAGAGGCUGAGGCCGCGGCCCUGUGCUCCUAUCAGCGGGUGGAACGCUUGGACCAGCCUGCCCCGCGGCCUGUUCUAAUCGUGGGUCCUCUGGCAGACUGUGUGACAGACAAACUACUUCAGGAUUUCCCUCUAGAUUUCAAUCGCUGUGUCCCAGAAUUGAUGCAGUGUUCUCAGGCUGUCAUGGAGAAAGGCUUGGCAGAGCAUGUAUUUGUUGAUUUUCGACGCAAAGGCAGCUUCUUUGAAUGCACUACAGCUGCUGCAGUCAAAGACAUCUGUGAGAAGAACGUGCAUUGUGUGUUGGAUGUGAGCUUACCUUCUGUGGAGAAGCUCCACGCCCAUCGCCUUUACCCCAUAGUGCUGCUGAUCAAAUUCAAGUCAACCAAGCAGAUUCGGGAGGUAAAGGAUACCCGCUACCCGCUGGACAAAGUUUCAGCAAAAGCUGCCAAAGAGAUGUACGAGCACACACUAAAAUUGGAACUGGAGCAUCGUCAUCUAAUCUCAGCUGUAAUCCCAGCUGGAGUAAACGUGGCUUACAUGUGCACCCAAGUGAAAGCCGCUGUUGAUACUGAACAGAAGAAGGUAUUAUGGGUGCCCUGUGGGAGCUUGUGACACGCAAGAUCCCGCCGGUCACGGCGGACUGCUCCUCUCCCAGGAAACGAGUAUUACUGGCCUACGCUGUGAGCUUCCAUCUCAGCGCUUCCAGGCAAAACCUGGGCAGAUUCUGGGUGCUAUGAAAUGAUGAACUCUUGAACAUUUGCUGUGGGGAAAUAUUCAUAAACAGGGUUUCAGGAAAAAAACAGUGUUGUUAAAGGUCAGAUCCUAGUUAGUGUCAGAGUUGGGCACACUAAUAAGUAUCUAGUGAAUUAGAUUAAUUUGAUUAGCUAGCUAAGCUAGGACCUAAUCCAUUGAUGCCAUCAACUUAAGUGGGUUUAAAAAAAAAAUCUGAGUAAUCCAGUUUUAUGUUGGUGUGAAGCUGUGCUGUUGAAUUAGUGCCUAUGAUCUGGGUCAAAUCCUUUGAGAGGUAUUACUUUCUUUACCCUCUCCACAUCAUGGAGAAAAAUUCACUGUUUUUUCUAAGAGACCCGAUUCUUUGGCCUUGCGUUCCAUCUUGAUUGAUUGGGUAACACCCUUGUUGAUCUGCUAAUCCUGUUGCUUAGGACAUGUGGUCUUUUACUUGCACAAACCUCCAGAUUGUCUGAGGGAGAUAAGCAAUCUCAAUGUUAUAUUUUUUGUCAGUGUAAUUUUUUUAUGAUUAAUUUCAAGGAAUAGUUAAAUGAGAUUUUAUAUAUCUUAGUAGAAGUGCCAAUUUAAUGAAUGUUGAAUUAUGUUUACUUUCCUUGUGGGGAUGAUCAAGAGUUUAUUGUACAUAUAAUAUUCACAAAUUGAGACUUUGGUCAAUGAAAAUAAUGUAAUUGGAAUAUAAUUUUUUGAAAAACUUGUGGUUUUUGUUCAAAUGUCACCAGAAUUAAUUAUAUUUGGUGCUACAUUUUUUUUGUUGCAUAUUAAAAGCAUUCAUCUUAAUCUUUGAAUGAAUCUAGGAAUAUUUGUAAAAUAUUUUCACUGUGUAUUAUUUGUUACACUUUUUAUGUAACUUAGUCUUUUUUAAUAUGUACAUAAUAGUUAUUUAACAAUGUUACCUGGUGAAUUUGUUUGUUUGUUUUUGUGUUUUUUGUAUACAUACCUGCAGCUCAGGGUACUUUGUGGCAGCUUCUUUUUCUUUUGAACUUUUGAAAGAAGGGUUGGAAGUCUUAGGUAAUCACCUUGUAUAUUUUUGGAUAUUGUAUAGUGUUCUUUAUGUAUUGUACAUGUUUCUGUAAUGAAAGAGUUGUAGAUGCUUUUGCUUUGAAUAUAUUUAACUUCCAAAAUAUACAAUAUUGUUUGUUAGGUCAACAGUAGAUUCAGAAAAUUAGUUCAUUAAUGAUUGAUGAAAUCUUUCAUUGAGAAAUAUGAAGUUUUCAAAUCAUGGGAAUAAAUAUUUUUGUACAAUUUCUCUGGAGACAUGAAAGAGUUCAUAAUUAUAUGUUGUAUGCAACCAGUAUCUUGUGAGAAGAGGGUUUUUUUUGGAGGGGAAGAUAGCCUUGGUUAUGGAGUUUGAACUUUUAUGUAAAAACCGAUUCAAGCACAAAUAAUCUUUAUUUCCACAAGAAUGAUCUGCAAUCAGUCUAAUUUUGGUAAAGAUGGGGGACUGUAUCAAAAAUAAAGAGCUUGCUAAUCCCAUGUAAAUCUACUGUAGACUCGUACAACGAAUGUAUCUUGAUAUUUGGAUUUGAAUAUGUGUUAUAGUCUUUGCAAUUCAUAAAAUUACUUCCUGAAUGUGUUUUGACUCAAAAUUCAAGGUGUAGAUAAUAUAAAUAUUGACAACGAAAAGCUAUUUAUUACACAAUCUCAAAUGAAGUGGUUUAAACAGUGAAUUCCUAGUCAGCAGUUCUGUGAGAAUCCUUGUUUGCUGUUUCAGAUUAAAUGUUUGUGGGCCUAUUACUGUUUGACCAUUACCUAUUAUUUCAUGUUGUGGUGUGUAAGAUUUGUAUUUAUGGCUGUUGAUGUCCUCACAAGCUAUCAUGAAAUAUUUGGGAUAUAUUUUAUAUUUUAAAUUCUUUAGAAAUACUUUAAUUCUGCAGGUUGCACUUCCUACAGAAUGAUUAUUGCCAUGUAAUAAUCAUUGAAAUUUUAAAUAUUGUUUUACUGAGCAUAUAUUAGUUGUUUUAUAUCCUGACUAUCUUAACUGUUAUGUUGUUUUGUAAAAUCUAUUCAAUGAGGAAGAAAUUGGCUAUAAAAUAGUCUACAAAAUAACAAGACCUAAACUUUUUUACUCUAGUUUUCUAAGCAUUUUUACAAAAAUAAGAGAAUGGAGAUUCAAAAUCUUGUUUUCAAAUCUUCCAUGUUUUAUAAAUAAUAAAAAUUAUGAAGAUGGUUUUGUAGAAUAAAUGUUCUAAUAGCUCAAGAGGGUUUUCUGCAAUAUGCAGAUCAUUUUCUGUCUGUUUUUUCAUGCAUGUUCUCAUCAAUAUAAAAUUGUAAAUGAGAUGGUUAACAGUAGUAAUAGAAUAUAAUAGCUAAGUCAAGAAUUGCUCACAUUUCCUCAGUGUUUAUAAGAUAUUUUGUAAACUGAUAAAAGGAUUCAUGCAUAAUCUUAAAUUGGGCACAGUUUUUUUUGAAAAAGCUGAGUUAGUUCUGAAUUUGGCAACUGUUGAAAUGUUUUUCUCUUGAAAAGAAGAGAUUUUUUCCAUGUAGAUCAGGUAGACUUUUACAGUUUGGUAUUACGUAAAGUCACCAGUGUCUUAGUGGCUCCAAGAUUGACGCAGGUUGCACCAAUUAUUAGAAUAAAAUGGUGUCAUUGAUGAAAACAGUAUAUUUUUAUUAGAUAAAUUAGAUAAGGUGUUCCAUAUGUAAAUCUUCACCUUGAUGGUGUCUUAGUUUUUGUCUUCUUAAUGGAUGUUUGAGGCACAGGUCUGGACCAUAAUUGAGUUACCGCAACUUGGCACAUGAGUGUCAACUCAGUAUUUACAAUUGUAUAAUAAUGUGUGUUUCAGUGAGUGAUUGAUGCUCUACAAGAUGAAGAUUUGCAAGGAAAGUUGGUUGUAGUUCCUUUUUGGGCUUGCAAACAACAAAGCUCAGCUUGGAAAAUGAGGGUGUCUAUUGUCCUGUGAUGUGCUCCUGAGAAGUGUGCUACGUUUCAGUGGCAAAUCAUAGUAAUGUGUACUGCAUUUGUAACUAUGGUUUAUAUUUUGUACCCGGUUUACAUUUCUACCUGACUGUUGUUUUAUAGAAUAAUAUUUUGCACGAAGCAAGAGAAGAUUGUAUGUGCUCAUGCAUGCUGCUUACAUACCAAAAGCAAUAUUGGUGCCUGUAAUAUCAGGUUGUGGGGUGUAUCUAGCUCAGCAUUGACGUGUUUUAUUAUUGUAUAUUCCAUAUUUUUUGAUCACGUGUACCUCCCUGUUGACAUCCCAUCAGCCUAGGAUGGUGUGAAAUGAUAUUGACCAAUGCAGUUUAUAAUCAUACUACUCUGUAGCAAAUCUUAUAGCAUUGAUGGUGAAGAUAUCUGGGUUAUAUUGUACAUGGAUAUAUUUAUACUUGGAGCACUGUUAUUUUUGUAGAGUUUACUGACUAGAGUGCAGCUUCAGUAUCCCUGAGCUGCUCUAUUUAUUGCAGUGAUUCUGCGCAUUUGCACUGGAAAAGGAGAAUAGACCUUUUUUCAAAAAAGAAAUAAUCUUGUUUUAUUUAUAAAUUUGCCUUAUAGAACAAUGCAAAGAGCUUUAUUGCAGAUUUUUAUUUGGAAGGUG